GUUACCAUGGAAAUCUUCUCGGCUGGACCAGGCUCGGUGGAGCGGGCUGAACCGGAGGAGUGUGUUUGGCAUGCCUGCGAUGGAGCAGCGUUCCGGCGCAGAAACUAUCGGAUGCUGAUUGUAAUUGGAGAGAUUUCCACAGAUCAUCACCUGGAAGCUGCCCGGAAACAGAUCAUACAAGGUUUGCUGUCGUGGAACGUUGAUCUGUCUGUUUGCAACCUGAAUGAGGAGCUGCAGCUGUUUAGGACCAGACACACCGCUCAGUUUUCUCCUCAAGUCAAAGGUCAGAGAACUCUUCAGUACCAGAGUGACGUCCUGCAGACGGUAGUGUUGGUGAACCCGUCAGAGGAGACGGUGUCUUCAGAGACCAGUUCUCUGAUCACUGACACUGCUGCCAAUAAGUUGCUCAUUCUGAGUGGCCAGAGCUCUGACCAGGGAGGUGACAUUCUUCUGCAAAGUGGAGCAUUCACUUGGCAACAUUUUUCUGAAAUCAUCUCAAACCCUCAAGUCAUUGAAGUCCUGUCCAGGGUCUCCUCAGAGCUGCUGUCCAGGCUUACUGUUUCCUGUCAGGGAGACCGGGGCUGGAGCUCCCUGGGCCAAAGCCAAAAGCAGCAGCCACCCCUUAAUAUUCUUGAAUAUUGCUUAAACCCGGAGCCCCACCUGGCCAACAUGGACGGAGUUACAGAGUUCACAGAGUAUGUCUCAGAAACAGUGGAUGUACCAUCACCCUUUGAGCUUCUGGAGCCACCGACCUCUGGUGGGUUUCUGAAGCUGUCCAAACCCUGCUGCUACAUAUUUCCCGGAGGCAGGGGGGACUCUGCUCUGUUCGCCGUCAAUGGAUUCAACAUUCUGGUAGACGGAGGGUCAGAGAGGAAGUCCUGCUUCUGGAAGCUAGUUCGACACCUUGACAGGAUCGAUUCUGUCCUGCUCACCCACAUUGGUGCAGACAACCUGCCUGGAAUAAAUGGAUUGUUCCAGAGAAAGAUUGCAGAGCAGGAGGAAGAGAAGAACCAAGGAUGUGGCUCCAGUAGUAAUGGUGACUGGAUGAAGAAUUUAAUCUCCCCUGAGCUUGGGAUUGUGUUUUUCAAUGUCCCAGAGAAGCUGAGGAUGCCAGAGUCUACACUGAAGGUAAAGCGGAGCAUUGAAGAGGCAUCUCUGACACUGCAGUACCUCAACAAGCUUGGCAUCACACCUGAGCCUCUUCACAGGGUCGUCAGCAACACCACCGAACCAAUAACGCUGUUCCACAAACUUGGUGUGGGAAGGUUGGACAUGUACGUCUUAAACCCUGUGAAGGAAAGCAAGGAGAUGCAGUUUCUGAUGCAAAAAUGGGCAGGGAAUAGUAAAGCCAAGACAGGAAUCAUGAUGCCAAACGGAAAGGAAGGAGAAAUAUCUGUCCCCUAUUUAACAUCAGUCACUGCUCUAAUCGUUUGGAUCCCACAUCAACCCACAGAAAAGAUAGUCCGCGUGCUGUUUCCUGGAAAUGCACCGCAAAAUAAAAUCUUUGAGGGCCUUGAAAAACUUAAACACUUGGACUUCCUGCGAUACCCUGUGGCCACUCAGAAAGACAUAUCAUCUGGCGCACCUCCUCCAAUCUUUAAGCAAACUAAGAUAAGGUCAAGAACAGACAGCAAAGAGAGUCUCAAAUCUUCUCCUAAACCCCAUGCUAAAGCUUCUAAGAAAGAGGCCAGUGGGCAGGAGGAAGAGUCAAAAAGUGAAGCCACUAAAGAGAAUAAAGCUGAGAAGAAAGAAGAGAAGAAACCCAAAAGUGACAGUUUAAAAGCCACCAAACAGCAGAAAAACAGUGAAGUGGCUCCUGGAGCUGAAAAGACAGCAAAAAAGAAAGUUUUCAAGGAAAAACCUUCAAAGCAAGAGAAAGCAUCUAAGAUGGGUGAAAAGCAAGACAAAGAGAAAAAAGAAACCAAGAAAGAAAAGGUAAAGAAAGAUGAGAAUAUAAGAAAGGAAGAGAAGAAGGAGAAUAAGGCAAAGGAAGACAAAAAGAAGGACCCAGCUAAACCGGAGCUGAGAAAAAUCACCAAGCCUGACUUAAAGCCACUCACCCCUGAAGUGAGAAAAACUCUACACAAGGCAAAGAGUCAGGCUAAACCUAAGGCUGACAAGAAUAAGGCCGUUAAAGAGGAAGCAAACAAGAAAAAGCCAGUUGCAAAAAUCAUCCCUGAAGAGAUUGCAGCGGCAGCUCUGGCUGACAGGUCCAUCAUGUCCUCACCUGAAGACCUCACUGAGGACUUUGAGGCUCUAAAACAAGAGGAGAUGUCCAAACAGAAGACUGGGUCUGUCCUGAAGGAAGCAAUGCCUGAGCUCCCAGUGCCCAUGGAUGCUAAAGUUUCUCCUCAGGGUUUACCUGAUGAGAAAAUAACAUCCUCAGCCACUAAGGUUAACCCUGCUGGAUCUAAAUCCCCUGUCACCCAAGAACACGACGAAGACAAACAGGUCACUGCUACUCAACAGAAAGUUGUGAGUCACAGCUUUGAUAAGAAGUAUGAGGAGGAGAAAAUGGAGAAAUAUGACUUCUUAAAAGAAAGCGUUACUGACAGAUCAAAGAAGAGUGAGAGCUCAGAGGAGGAAGGUGAUGUGAUUGAAAAAGCUGAACUAGAAGGAACAGAAGAUGAUGAGGUCUUGAAAUUUAAAAUAGAGGAGGAGAAAAAUAAGUGGGACACAAAUGCAACCAAGCAAAAAAGUACGACAGCCACAGCACCGCUACCAGUCUCUGCCUCUGAGCAGUUCUCCUUCAUCCAAGAUGAGACCAUCCCUGGUUACUCAGAGACAGAGCAGACGAUCUCUGAUGAGGAGAUUCACGAGGAAACUGAAGACAAGAUCCCACAACUGCGCUAUGAUGUGAGCUCCUAUGACAUUUCUGUUCCAGAUGUUCCCGGUACGUUUGAAUCCAUGCAGGGGAUUAAAGAGAUGAAGAGCUCUGUGGUUUCUAAUGUUCCAGAUGUCAAACCUAAAACUUUUGUGGGAAGUCAGGAGCCUGAGUUUGCGCCUUAUCCUUCCAUCAUCACUGCUCCUCUUGCAGAAGAGGAACAUAUCUCUUCUGCAACAUCUAUCACAGACUAUGACAGACUGUCAUCUUUUGCCACAUCUGUGGCUGAGGACCAAUCAAUUGCCUCGGGGACAGCAGCUCAGGCCGAAGACGCUGGGAGAAAUUCACUCUUGCUGGACACUGUCAACAGCGCUCCAUCACGUGCAGAGGCUGCCCAAGGAAAAGACUAUCUCCAUUCAGCAGGAACCAUCUCUCCUACCUCCUCCCUGGAGGAUGACAAGUGCUUUAAGUCUCCGUCCUCUGAUGAAUACCAGCCCAACAUUCCAGAGAUAGAGAGUGAUGCAAAGACCAAAACAGUCCAUGAAGAAGAAGAUGAUGAGGAAGAUGAAGAUGAAGACCAAACUCCAAAUGUUGAUAUCCCUCUGAGUAAACUUCAAGAGGGCUAUGAACAAGCUGCCUCCUUGAUGUACCAGGAGGAACAGAAAUCUCCCUCUACUGUCAUUCCCAUGCAGGCUGUCAAGGAAAACCAGACUCUCCUCAGCACACAAGUGUUUCAGUCUGCUGCUGAUGGAAAACCUGGAAUCUCACCCCCUCCAUCUUUCUCCCCUGGGCUAGAGUCCCGAUCCAGGCAGGACAGUGAAGAGAGAUGCUUUAGUCCUGAUGACAGCACCAUGAAACUGGCGUCACCCACACAGUCAGUACCCACAAGCAGUGGUUACUCUCCAACAGAAGAGAAAGCUUUUAAGACAGAAGAAAGAGAUGAAGGGCUGAGCGCCAUUAAAACUGACUUUCAGAAAACUGACCGAUCAGUCACCAUCUCAGACAAUACCUCCUUUAUUGGCUUGCCAGGUGACAAGACAACAUUUGAAGCUUCUGAGGAAUCGGAUGAGGGCAGUGAGGAUGACUAUUACACUAAAAAGGAGUUAAAGCCCACUUUAAAAGCUAAACUUAUGGAAGCAAAAGAAGGUUGCUUUUUAGAUGAGGACUUUACAUUCGAAGGAAAAUCUACAAAGACAGAAGCAGAAGCUCAGAGUUCAGACAAAAUGCAGGUGUCCUUCAGCACAAUGGAGAAACCCAAACCAAAAGUGAUGUUUUCUGAUGAUGAAGAAAAAGAUGAAGAUUUUCCAAGUGGGGUAGGAUCGAAACCCCUUUCAGAUGAAAAAGACAAAGCUGAGACAGCAGAUAUUACCAUUAGAGAGCCAGAGAAAAGUGUUAAUUUCAGUCUUUACGAAUACCCAGAGAAAGAGAGCAGAGAGAGGGCUGUCUACACAAGGCAGGACACACCAUACGUCCACGGCAAAACCUUCUCUUACGGUGAUAUUUAUAGCAGCAAAACUAGUUCAGAGGAGUCUGAUCUGUAUCGAGAGGAGUCUCCAGAUAAGGUAGAGCAAGAAGCUUCAAAGGGUGGUGCAGAUAUACACAAGCAUGAGCCUCCUUCACCAAACAAGGUGUUAGAAAAAGAAGGAGGAAACUACUCCUCCUCUUCAUGGCUUGAGUCCAAGGGUACAUCAGCCAUAGAUCAAUUUGAAAAAGAGGUUAAAGAAAAAGACAUAGUUGUUUUUAGUCAGACUAGUCGUUUCCCCUCAGUGGCUGACAGACCUGAAGCCUCAACCACAUGUUUGUCGUCAGAAAAGGACGAAACUCUCAGCACAAAGUCCCCAACGUUCCGCUCAAUCACACCCAGGGUUCCUUCUGCCUCAGGCUACAGCGAGAUAGGAGCAUGUCUAGAAAUCGACAUGCGAAAGCUAACGGCAAGAGAUGAGGAAGAUUAUGAUGACGAUGACGUUAUUGAUGAUGAUGAGGUAGAAGAUGAAGAGGAGGAUGAAGAUGACAUUGAUUCUGAUAUGGAAAAAGGUGCCAAAGAGAAAUCUGAAAAGGACGUUAAAAGUCCAGUAAGUCAAAUGUUAGGCUCCAACAGACCUGAGUUUAUGGUUUCUAUGGCGGGAUACGGUUACAAUAGUCAGGGAAAGCCGAGCAUCACAGAGAGCAGCUCAAGUUCAGUCCUAAAGGCUGAAGAUCAAGCCCAGGAUGACUCCUCUUGUGUCAGUGGAAAGCCAGUGGAUGUAGGGGCUACAGGUUUGUCCAGUUACUCUUCAGGUUUUGAAUACUCGUACAGAAGAGAUGAAAAAGAGUCGUUAUUGUCAAGUCACCCUGGAGACAAAGAGAAAGAAAAUUUCCCUUUAAAAUCAAGAGAGGACAGUUAUUACCAAAGCCAAAAAGAUGAUACUGAAUUUGAGAAACAGGAGACUCCAGAUAUUCUGAGUAAGAGCUCAUUGGAAACAAACUUUCAGUACACAACCACAGCUGCUGUCCCCGGCUACUCCUCUUCUUCAGCCUACAGCUACUCCUCCUCCACCUCAGGCUCCCUCUCCACCAGCCGACAGUUUGGAGAGGAGUUGGAGACACCUGCGUCCGCUGAGCCUCUCUUUGAGUAUUCCUCAUUUAAAGAUGAACACUCUCUUGUCGUGGAUUGUCCCUCCUCCAGCUCAGCUGGUGCCAAAGAUGACUAUCUUGAAGUUUCUGAGAAGCAAAUCACGGUAACAACCACGGUGGAGUCCAGAUCCAGUUUAGCUUGCUUCCCCCCCCCCAGUCCUUUUGAGGAGGUCAGAUCCUUCCCAACAGUCUCAUCGGCCACUGUUGCUCAAGAGAGUGAGGAACAUGCAGCUCCAUUAGGUGGAGUCAUUGAUAAAGGGCCUAAAUCUGAAUGCUUCUAUAAGCCAGAGUGGCCUGAAGAAACCAAGUUGGACACAGCUGCUCGGUUUGGGGCCUCUGCGGGUCCUUUUGCAGACUUCUCCAUGAAUAAAGAGGCUGCCAGUGCUGCUCUAUUUGGUGUCACUUCUUCUCCUCGGCCUGACAUUGAAGGCAAGCAUUACUUUGAGGAGACUGACAGCAGUGAAGAGGAGGAUGAGGAGGCAUAUAUGCGUGAAAUGAAUCGGAGGUCUCCUUCCAGCGGUCCUACUGGUAGCCUCCCAUUUUGUGACAUGCCAGUUGCUCCAGUCUUCAUUGAAAAGGCGAGUGAUGCACUUCCAGAUGUUCUUGGUUCUUACAUGGCAACACCUCUCCAGACGAGCAAGCCGGACACAACAAACGGCCCGACGGAUGUAAGCACAAGUAGCAGCAUUCCUGCCGGGGUAACGACAGCUGAAGCACCUUCAGGCGCAGCCAGAGUGGAGUCCAAAGAGGGAGCAGCAGGCUACAUCCGGAGUUCAUAUGAGUGGGAAAUGCCCAAGCCUCAAAUGGGAAUGGUGCCUGGAGACUCACCCCCUCAUUACCGUCAUGAUGACGAGUUUGAGGAGGAAUGUGAGAUGGAGCCGGAGCACCCCCCUCGCCCGCUUUCACUUGCUUCAACCGAUCAACCGUUCCACUCGCCAUUCUAUGCAGAAGAGUGCAGUCGGGGUGAGCAGGAUGAUGAUGACGAUGAUGACAGCGAUCAGGACUUACCUAUAGGAGCAACCUCUUCCUACACCAGCCGAACCUCUCCUGGAUACUCAUCCUCUGAAUUAAGGCAACGCAAAGAAGACCUGUCACCAUCCUUCAUCAACCCCUGCAUGAGGCGGCUUUCCAGUGAUGAGGAAGACAAGGAGGAAGGCCGCACCAGUGAUCAAUCACGGGAGGGGGAUGAACAUGACUUGUCAGUCAAGAGGAGGGCGCACAAACAGCCCCAUGUUUACCAGUCCCACAGCAGGGACAGCAGCUCUCUGCACCAGGUCGGUGCAGAGAUGUGUCUGGCUACAGAGGACACCCCACCCACCUCUGUCAGCGAGUCCCUACCCUCUCAGUCAGAGUCAGAUCUGCAUCCUGGCACUGAAGAGUACCCCUCAGUUACCGGUGAAGGCAACAUGGACUCAGACGAGGACGGAGAGUACAUGCCGAUUGAUAAAACUGCUACAGGGCGAGGUAGCCAUCAUUCUACUUCCAGGAGGCGUGACCCUCCUCCUGCUCCCCUCCUGGACCCUUGCCCUCAUCCUCCUCACCCAGAUGUCUGCAUGGUGGAUCCUGACUCUUUAGGUAAUGGCGCUCUGAAGAAAGAACCAAAAGCAAAAAGCCUGAAGAAGUCCUCGGGCAAAACAAAAUCAGCUUCUCCAGCCAGGCGCAAGAGGUCUCCCAUGCCUGUUAAACAAACGCCGUCACCUCGGAGUGCCUCACUGAAGAAAAAGGAUGCAGACAAGAGCUCACGCAUGUCUCGUCUGUCAGAUGGACAAGGCUCCAAAGACGAUGACCUCUCCAGAUCAAGCUAUAACCCCGGCAAAGGGCUGACAAAUGGUGUCAAAACCAGCUCAGGUUCCCAGAAAUCCGGCCCAGCAGCCGCUCCAGGCCUUCCCAUUUUUGUGGAUCUGGCCUACAUUCCCAACCACUGCAGUGCUAAGAACGUGGACCAAGAGUUUUUCAAACGCAUUCGCUCUGCAUACUACGUAGUGAGCGGAAAUGACGCCGCAGGAGGCGAACCUAGCCGAGCAGUCCUUGAUGCUUUGUUGGAUGCCAAAGCUCAGUGGGGAUCAAACCUACAGGUGACGCUGAUCCCCACCCACGACACAGAGGUGACCCGCGACUGGUACCAGCAGACCCAUGAAAGGCAGCAGGAGCUCAACAUCAUGGUCUUGGCUUCCAGCAGCACAGUCGUCAUGCAAGACGAGUCUUUUCCAGCCUGCAAGAUCGAGUUUUAAGAUCGCCGUCGCCUCUCCUUUCUCCAUCCUUCUAACCUCUCUGCUGUAGAUUUUUUCUCUUUCUGUACCCCGAUGUGUCUCUGCUCUGGCCAUUAAUAUUCAUAGCAAAGCAAAGACAGAUCUGGAGAUCUCUUUUAGUGUUUUUGUUGGUUCUAAGCGUGGUGUGGCUAUCAUCAUUGGUACACAAAGGUACGUUUCAGCUAGUCUUCAUCCUUCUUUGGAAUAAUAAUAAUUAUUAAUAUCUCUCCUGUGACAUAGCCCUGAACCUUUUCACAUUUAGUUAAUUUACAACCACAAACUUCCAUGUGUUUUAUAGCGGCUGAAAUAUUUGCCUGGUUUUCUUUGCAAAAUAACCCAAACUCAGUCAGAUAGGAUUGAGAGUGUCUUAACUUAUAGGUCUUGACACAGAUUCUCAGUUGGAUUUACAUCUGAACUUUGACUAGGCCAGUCAAACAGAGCAAUGUGCUUUGAUCUAAACAUUGACUUGUAACUCUGGCUGUAUGUUGAAGGUUGUGGUCCUGCUGGAAGGUGCACCUCGCUCCAGUCUCAGGAACUUUGCAGCCUCCAACAGGUUUUCCUCCUCUUCUAUUUAACUCCAUCCAUCUUCCAAAUAACUGACAAGCUUCACUGUCCCUGCUAAAGAAAAGCACCCCAGAGCAUGAUCCUGCCACCACCAUUUUAGCUGAUUUUUAGAGUAACCGGUUGCACUGGAUUUAAUUUAGGUUCAUCAGAGUACAGGAGGCUGAAUAAAAAUGCACUUCACAUAUCCAAGUUUUAUUUGUAAAGAAUUUUAAAAUCCAUCUAACAAUUUUACUUUACAAAUAUACACUACUUUGUCAUAAUCUAUCACAUAAACUCCAAAUAAAAUACAUUCAGGUUUGUGGUUUCAACAUGACAAAGUGUGGGAAAUUUCAAGGGAUAUGAAUACUUUUGAUAGGCAUUGUAUCAGUUUGGGUCAUGAAAGAGGAUGUUUCUUUCUGCUCCUCUCAGCAGAAGCACAAUCCUGAAAAAAUGAAAGCAGCAGUUCUCAAAUGUUUAAGCUUCAAAUCGACAAAACAGCUGCGUCACAGUUAGGACCCAACUUUUUCUGGCUGAAGAAUACAAACAUUGAUGAUUGAUUAUUGGUCAAUAAAAACACCACAAAUAUCAAUCCACCAAUUUCCAUGCCUCAAUGUCAGAUCCAGAGGUCUUUAAAUCCAGAAAUAACAAAAGACUCCAGUCAUUAAGCUCAUCAUAAAAAAUCUGGACAAAGUUUUCCUCAUUUCUUUUGCUCUUUUCUCUGGUAAAACAGUGACAGUGUUUAGUUUUCGACAUAUGGAGAUAGAAGCAUAGAAAAGUAGAUCCCAGCGCUCCCUUUAGAGUAUAUUUGUUGUAGCAAUGGGGACAUAAUAAUCAAAACCCUGUAUUGUAGUGAGUUCUAAUAUUUCUACUGUUCUCUCAAACAAGUAAGACCUUCCUGGUGGCUGUUUUCUCACAGUGAAGCUCUCUAUAACCAUUCCUGUGGUCUAUGAUGUAGUUUUCCAGUUAACAGAUCAUCCCAGAGAUCAUGCAGAGAGCUCAUCAGAAGAACAUCAUUCAGUUGCAGAAGGAAGAAUGUACUCUGCUACAACAAGACUAUGGUUGUGAGCUUUGAUUGUGUUAAAGAAGACCAUGGCUGUUUUGGUUGAUGAGAGAUCGUCGCCCCACAUGUGCCUUUCUGUCCUGCUGUCCUAGAAAGGAAAAAUGAGUCGAAUGCAGGGCAGCAGAGACUCAAUAGGAUGUACUCCUUCGCUGCCUGUUGGGGUCAGAGAUGUAUGAAGCGAGAGUUAAACGGCACUUUUAAAGCACCAACUCAGUGUUUCAGCUGCCACUUAAAGAAGCACAAAGCUCACCAGUGAACAAAGUUUAAAUCUGUUUUUCAUUUUUCAGAUUUAGCAACAUACUUUUGACCUGAAAACAUGCACUAAUCCUCUUGAUUUACUUAACAAACUUUUAGACUUCAUUACAUUUGAAUCCUAAACAAACACCAACAUCCUAACAAAUCUGAGGACCAACAAAUCUAUAGUUUUAACUCCCACUAAAACUCUUUCAUUUAAUCUCAGCUCAUCUACUGCAUGCAAAGAAAGGCGAGGGCCUUUAAAAACGCAGCCUGCAUGGGGCAGAACCCGGUCGGCCUGAAUGUGAAGAUGCAAAUCAUACCUUUACGUUCUCAGCAGAGGACUUUGAUCUUCUGGUUGCCUUGGUUACAAUGCAUCACAUGACACACACCAUGCAACUGGCCAUCUGUGAGCCUACAGUGUGAUCGGUAUUAAGAUUUAUGCUUUCUGCUCAGAUAAAAAGGGUAAAAGUUCACUGUACCUCACUGUGCUGCCCGCUCAGUCUGCAGUCCUGGUUAACAUUGUAAAACAACUCACUCAAAGCCCAAACUGCCAGACAUGAGAUGCUCUCUUCACUCAUGUAAACACAUUUGAUCUGUUAUUCAGUUAUCUGCAGCCCCACGCACCUGACUGCUUCAUUUAAAACCAUGCAUCUGAAAUAAAUAAACCUUUGUUACACAACCCAUCCAAGCCCAGCUUGUUCGUGCAUGCGUACCUUUUGAGUUCGUCUGUAUUAACAUGAAACUGACUCAUUAUGGAAAAGCUACUUUAGACGAUGUUGUUUUGAGAAGCAGGAACUGUUCAGUUUGGAAGAGGCACAUGUAACAUGGCUUUAUUGUGCAGUAAAGAAAGCCCAUUGAGGAUUUUUUCCUCCUCCCUGCUUCAUAGUUUUUCCUUCAUCUCUUAAUUUAAGUGCAAUAUUCUCUUUAUCUCUAUUUAAAUGCUUAUAAAAAGUUAAAUUGAAUUCAGAUUUGAUGUUGGAAGGCAAAAAAGUGUGUUGAAGACCAAUAAAAGUCAUUUAUGAAAGAAA